GAAUACAUAUCAUGUCUGAAUCAAACAAAAUUUUCGUUAGACCUUUAGGUUACGAAGCUGAACAAGAACAAGUCGAAGCUCACUUUGCUGACUGUGGACCAAUCUCCGAAGUCCAAUUGAUGAGAGGAUUUGCCUUUGUUACCUUCGAAAACACCGAAGAUGCUAAGAAGGCUGUUGACACUUUGGAAGGUUCUGACUUCCAAGGUCAACAAUUACAAGUUGAAUUUGCUCGUGAAAAGAAGGAAGACACCCGUGGUCUUUACAGAGUCAAGGUCAGCAACUUGCCAGAAGGUACUGCUUGGCAAGACUUUAAGGACUUUGUCAGAGAAAAGACUGAGUUCGCCCCAACCUUUGCCAAGGUUUUCAAGGAUUACGACUCUGGUGAAACCGUCGGUAACUUGGAAUUCUCUUCUGCUGAUGAAUUAUCCACUGCCAUCCCAUUGUUGAACGAAGCUGACUUCCAAGGUGCUACUCUUGCUGCUGAAGAAGACACUUCUCCAUUUGUUCCACCUCCACCAAGAACCAGAGGUGGUUUCAGAGGUGGUCGUGGUGACUUCAGAGGUGGUUUCAGAGGUGGCCGUGGUGACUUCAGAGGUGGCCGUGGUGGUUUCAGAGGUGGUCGUGGUGACUUCAGAGGUGGUUUCAGAGGUGGCCGUGGUGACUUCAGAGGUGGUUUCAGAGGUGGUCGUGGUGACUUCAGAGGUGGCCGUGGUGGUUUCAGAGGUGACCGUGAAGACAGAGGUAACUUCAACAGAGAAGACAGAGGUGGAUUUGAAAGAGAAUCUUACAACCGUGACAGAUCUCCAUCUCGUUACUAGAGGAAUUAAAUUCUAGAGAGGGAAAUUAAAUUGAAAGAUGACUGAGUUGGCAAAACAACACCAAAUAUAGGUGCCGCAAUAUUGGAAUGAUUAUAUUUAUGUGGCAGUUUUAAGUUUAAGAGAAGGUGAUUCUCGUUUUUAGUUGAUAAUUCUUGAUUAUGUUUAAUUCUUUUGUUUAGUGGAUUAUUAUUUUAAGUGGGCACGUUAGUUGUGGAUCCUGGAUUUUUACCAUUUGUUUUAUAUUAAAAAUUUGUAACCGAGAUGUAAUUUGAAAUUUCACCACUACAAAAGAAUAAGGAGAAUUAGAAUCCAUUCAAUUGAAGAAAGAAGAAUCAAAAAGAAAAAGAAAAUAAAUUUAGAGAGAUUUAGAGGUAGAGGAGAGCUAAUCCAAGUUCAAAAGACAAUUAAGGGAAAAGUGUACAAUAAAAAAAAAUAAACAGAAAUUAAGUCCGUGGAGACGUUAGAAAAAUAUAUACAAACCC